AUGGGCGAAUCCAUUCUUGAUCUGCUCGGCAAGGCCGACAACCUGAGCGAUCCCAAACCAGUUUUGAACGAGCGACCGGCAGUCCUUGGUAUGGUCAUAUCUUUUCUGAUCUUUUCCUGGAUCUGCGGCAUCUUUCGACUCUACGUACGGUUCUUCAUUGCCCGUUGUCCGGGAUGGGAUGACCUUUUCGUUGUGCUUGUACUGUUUUCCAGCACGCUGCUGUCUGUGGGAACAUGUGUAGCUACGAACUACGGCCUCGGCCAGCACUUCCUACCACUCGGUCUUGGUGGUAUGCAAGCUUUUGUUAGGAGCUUUUAUGUCUGCAACGGUGCAUACCCAAUGGCCACAGCAUUGAUCAAGCUGGCUUUGCUUUUUCAAUACCUUCGAAUGUUCGAAAAAGGCAGCAAAUCCCGAUUCAUCACCAUCGUCGUCAUCUACAUCACCGCCUUGUGGGGCCUCGCAUACACCUUCCUGGCCUUCGUCCCGUGUUUCCCCAUCUCGGCCUUCUGGAACCUGACCGCGGUGACAAACGAUCGAUGGGGUUUCGGCUCUCACGAUCCUGUCAUUUUUGCACGCACCUUUGAGAGUCACGUCGGGAUUAACGUGGCGCUGGAUCUCAUUGUGUUCGUAAUACCCAUCAAGCUGUUUAUGGAGCGUGGUCUGAGGGCCAAGUCACGGCUGGGUUUACUUGGUCUUAUCACCAUGGGUGUUCUUGUAAACAUUCUUGGAAUUUUCCGUUUGAUUGGCAUCACGCAUUCUAGAGCCGGCACAUACCCGACAUUAGACCCGUCAUGGUACGGAUGCGUACCGAUUGUUCUUGCGGCAGUCGAAGUCAACCUGGCGACUAUCUGCGCCUCGUUGCCUGUUUUCUGGCCAGCUCUUCAGCUGAGCCUAGGCAGUAUCUUCAUCACCAAAGAAAUCGAAAUCACCUCCGAGAUCAGAAGGUUUAGUGGCGACGAAGAGUCGCCCGCCGAGCUCUGCAACAUCACCCCAACAAAAUCCACGAAAUCUCCCGGCCAGGAUGCCGGUCCUGUGCGGUGGUCGGAGUUAUACAACGAGUCCCCGUUGUCGAGAGCAACAAAAGUCGAGGCGGACACGAGUCCGAGGAAGCCGGCAGAGAAGAUGUUUAUGUCAGAGCGGUUUAGAAGGGUGACUGGGGACCAAGAGUCCCAGGAUCACCUUGUUAGUCGUUUGUAG